AUGACAAAAGCCACGCAGGCCCUCGUGUUUUUCAUCGCGCUCCACGUUGUUUGGUUCCUUAUUCUAACCGGACACAUUCCUACAAGCCCCCGUUUCCAAGAAGAGGUGGCACCUCUACUGCCGUGGUGGAGCAUGGUUGCAUUUGGCUCCUACGCGUUGGGAACGCUGGGCUACGACCUGCUCACAUUCAAGGACAAACCGAAAAAGUACGCUGAACUGAUGCAGCAAAUCGAGGAGGCCAAGGCGGAUCUCAAGACCAAAGGUAUUACUGUUUAA